AAGAAGAAAUGGAGAUGGAAGUUGAUGAUAGGAGGGACCAAGAAAGGGGGCCUAACUUUUUCUUUCACGAUUGAAAAGGAUGGGGUCCCACUUUUUGCUUUAUUUCCCCAUUUUGCCUUUUUAUUUAUAUUUUUCUAAUAUUUAAUUUUCUCUCUCUUUGCACUUUUAGCUUAGUCAUCAUCUUUUUUUUCCAUAUACACCCACCAAUUUCUAUCUCCUACCUCCAUAAACCCAAAACAGAGGAAUAAAUAAUUAAAUAAAACAGGGCAAAAACCUGAAAAUAGAGCUCAAAACAGGGGAAAAAUACAGAGCAAAAGCAGCAAAAAAACAGAGAGAAAUUCUGGAAGGCUCCUUGCUUUGGGGUUUCUCGUUGUAAUUUCCUUUUUAUAUAUAAAUAUAUAAAAUUCCUAUUUCGAUAUUAGAGCUAGUAACCGAUCUUGUCAUCUUUUUUUUUUCCCCUCAAGCUAUUGAAGGGAACGAAGAAAUAGCAGAGUCCGGGAUCAUCUGAGAAGCUACUUGCCCCACUUGAUGUAUAGUUUGCUUAGAAUCCUGUAAAUUUUGGAGAAAAGCUCUAGUGUUUGGUUAGGACUAGUGUGAUUGGAAAGAUGGGUUACAUUUGUGAUUUCUGUGGUGAUCAACCUUCGCUGGUAUAUUGCCGGUCUGAUGCUGCUUGUUUAUGUUUGUCAUGCGAUCGAAAUGUCCAUUCUGCUAAUGCUCUGUCAAAACGCCAUUCGAGAACAUUGUUAUGUGAAAGAUGCAAUUCACAGCCUGCUUUUGUUAGAUGUGCUGAAGAAAAGGUUUCCCUCUGUCAAAACUGUGAUUGGAUGGGUCAUGAUGCCUCUACCUCGAAUUCAACACAUAAGAGGCAAACAAUUAAUAGUUAUUCCGGUUGCCCAUCAUCUGGGGAACUUUCUUCCAUAUGGUCAUUUUUUUCACAACCAGAUUCUGCAGGCGAAUCUGCUUGUGAGCAGGAAUUAGGUUUGAUGAGCAUCUCUGAGAACAUAGAGAAUACUUCCUGGGACCCUACAGUAAACACCAUUAGCCACAACAUUGCUGUUGUUGUUGAGGUUAAUGAUGACUGCAAUGUGGAUAAGGGAAGUGGCUGGACCAGAACUUCGAUUCCUGAACACAGACCUGCACCACAACUUCUGGAUCAGGCAGCCGGAUCAACAUAUACAUCACUGCCCAAGUUUUGUCCUCAAACAAAGUAUCCUGGACUUUCUGAGGAUGAUCUGUACGAUGACUUCAACAUAGAUGAAGUUGAUUUGAACCUUGAAAACUAUGAAGAACUCUUUGGGGUAACUCUCAAUCAUUCGGAAGAACUUUUAGAGAACGGUGGAAUUGAUAGCUUAUUUGGGACAAAAGACAUGUCUGCUGCUGAUUCCACCUGUCAGGGUGCAGUGGCUGCUGAGGGCUCAUCCAUUGGACUGGUCAAUGCAAUCCAGCCAGCAUGCAGCAAUGCGGCAUCAGCUGAUUCUGUGAUGAGCAAUAAAACGGAUUCAAUUCUGUAUUUUACGACAAAGCAUGCACAUUCAAGCCUCUCGUUUUCUGGCCUUACUGGAGAGAGUAGCGCUGGUGAUUAUCAAGAUUGUGGGGCUUCAUCAAUGCUCCUCAUGGGAGAGCCUCCCUGGUGUCCUCCAUGUACUGAGAGCUCGAUCCCAUCAGCAACUCGAAGUGAUGCUGUCAUGCGUUACAAGGAAAAGAAGAAGACACGGAAGUUUGAAAAGCGAGUGAGAUAUGCCUCGCGCAAAGCAAGGGCUGAUGUGAGAAAGCGAGUGAAGGGACGCUUUGUCAAAGCUGGUGAUGCCUAUGAUUAUGAUCCGUUGAAUCAAAGCAGAAGCUGCUGAGAGUACAAAUUUUUUUAACCAUGCUUACAAAAAGGAAAGAAACACAUGAAUGGCCCCAGGUUUUAUCAGGUGAUGUUGGAUACAGAACUGCCUUGAAUAAAUUCCCGAGGCCCGGUAAUGGAAAGAUUCUUGUAUCAGGACAUCAUUCGCCGAGAUCUGCCUUUGCCACCACCCAAGCCACUGCUUUCAACCUCAUCAGUUCUUCAACCCAUCCGUAUUCAUUCUCGGUGUUAGCGCUUCUAUAAAAGCUGCUGCUGUCACCGCCACCACUGCGCCUUGGAAUGUCUCAGUUAUAGGCAAGAAAGCAUGCAGCUGUAGUUUUGCGCCUUUUUUUUUCCUUCACUUCUGAUGGACAUGUAUGUAUAGCAUAGGUAUUCUAUUUCUAAGUUCAGUCUAGUAUUUUAAUUGUUUGCCAAAAGUAAAUAAUUGUGCCCGCUGGGUCAGACAAGGGAUAUACACUUGUAGUUCUCUUUUAUGGUUGGAUUUGUACAGCACUGGAUUUGAUCACUUUGCACUUUGGAUGGACAUUGUGUGUAAACUUUUAUACAAAAAAAAGAAAAAAGAAAAAAGAAAAAAAGAAAACAUUUUCUACUCUUUUUUGUAUCUACCCCCUUCACCAUGAAACAAAGGCAAUGCUUCUGAGAAUCUGGUGUAUCAUACAAUGCCAAGCAAUAGAGCCUUAGGAAUAAUGGCGAAUAACACUUUUAUCCCUGUUGAUGUAUUGUAAGAGACAUAUUACCCACAGGAAUGAUUAUUAUAAGAGGGCAUGGACAUAACAUCGAUAUGUAUAAAAAUUUCGUUAAUUAUUUUCAACAACUAAAACAAAAUACAUAUUGGAAAUCUGGUUUGAUUACAGUAACUACCAGGAUGAACACAUCAUCAUCAGCUAUAAAAGAACCAAUAAAUCCAUAGGCUCACUAUGCUCCAAUAUCUUCCUUUCAUGCAUCAACAAUGGAGCAA